UAGUUACAGAGGGCUAGUUGCAAGAGCUUGAACUGCGAUAGACUAAUUGUGCUUUUUAGUGUCCUUUCCUGCUUUGCUGUCCCUUGUUGCUGGAUUCCUUCAGAUAUGAAUGAUUCUAAAACUGGGAACAUGGAAACACAUUGUGAGACACUUCUAUUUUAGAUUGAAGUUGAUAUCCUUAAUGCCAGCAACAAGUCUCCAGUUGUGAAAGCUCUUGCUGGUGGGGAAAGGACUCUGCGAAAGGCACAGAAGAUCUCAACAGUACCACAAUUUGUUAGGUGUGAGAAUCAUCCCCUACUUUCUUAAUAUUGUUAGGGUUCUGAGAAACCAAAUUCAUCAUACUUGAAGACGUUACUUGAAUUUCUGGGAAAGUGGAAAUAAGGAUCUUGGCCAAUAUGACUGAAAUCACAACUGAAGGUUACCCAGCAACCACCACCACAUUUGAUAACAAGAAUGGAACUGUCCCAAAACCUCUGGCAAAGGUAUCAAAGAAAUCUGUCUCUGAUGAGCUUGCUACAACUUUCAGCUCUCCAGCAGCAUGGCUCCUAGUUGUGGCUUUAAUUGUAACCUGGUCAGCCGUGGCCAUUGUGAUGUUUGACUUGAUGGACUACAAGAGCUUUAUUGGAGGUUUUAAAGAAUUAAGUUCAGACCCUAAGAAAGUCAUAAAUGAGGCUGUGGAAGAUACCUCAGAUUGGAUCUAUGGUUUUAUAUCUGUGCUAAGUGAUAUAUUUACAACAACAGACUACCCUGAUGACGAAAUGGAUGAAGCUGAAAUUGAACCUCACUCAAAAAAGAAAGGAGUUCUUCGCCCCCCAGCUAAACGAAAAGGUGAAGCUCAUCCGCCAUCUAAACGAAAAGAAACUAAAAAACAAAAACCUGAAAGGAAGAUAAAAGCAAAAGAAGAAAAAAAACAAAAAGCUCCAUCAAAAGAUAAAAAAGUGAAAGUACACAAACAUGAAGACAAGGUGAAGCUCAAAGCAUUGAAAAAAAUGACAUUGGAAAAAAAGGUGGAGAAAGUAAAGAAAGUGGAAAAAAAACCGAGCAAAGAGGAAAAGAUAAAGCCAAAGCUCCAAGUGAAGGAGAAGGCAACAAAACGUGAGAAACCUAAAGAUGAAACAGAUAAAAGAGGUAAAAAGAAAGACACGAAGGAGCCUGUGGAAUUAAAGAGUGAGAAAAAAGACAAAAAGAAGGAAAAAGUGAAAGAAACUAAAGAAGGCAAGCCAAAACCAAAGGAUAAAGGAUUUUCAGCGGCUCCUGCAGUCACUCCAGCUCCGGAACUAGUAAAAUCUCCAGAAAAGAAACCACCACUAAAGAAACCUGCAGGAUCAGUCGUUCACAAAAAGAAGGAUGCUGUCACUGAUGCCAAACCCAAAGCAAUUAAAAAACCAGAUGUGACACCAAAGAAAAAAGAUGCUGCCCCAUUAAAACUAGAGAAAGGGAAAUCUCAAGCAGCAAAACCAGCAGCAAAACCUACCAAAGAGAAGACAGCUCCUACAUCACCAAAAAAAGCAGAAAAGAAAUCGCCUCCUCCAGCUAUCAAAGCAACAAAAGCUGAAAAGGAACAUGUUGACCAGAUGACAAAAAAACCAGCAGAAGCUACAACUACAAAACAAAAAGCAGCCAAAGAUGCAUCAGUCAAACCUGCAGCAGCAGUGAAAUCAGAGAAAGGUAUUAAAGAGAAAGAGAAGAAAAAGAAACCUGCUGUUGCUGACAAAGAGAAAGAAAAGCUGGCUGCAGCUGGAAAAGCUAAACUUGCAAAGGAUAAAGCUCCUGAAAAAGCAAAGGACAAGAAACCUACUCUUGUUGAAAAAGCUAAACCUGCAAAAGAGAAAACACCAGACAAACAGGGAAAACCUGAAAAAGCAGUGUCAAAGAAAGAAAAGCCAAAGCCUAGUAAAGUGAAAGUUGGGCCAUCUGAAGGCAAAGAAAAAAAGCCUGAAAAGGGAAAGCAGAGACAGACUCCAAUCAAGUCAAAACCGAAAGAGCCGAAAGUUGUCAAAGAGAAAAAAACACAUCUUUCAUCAGCAGAGUCAGAAAAGCUGAAGAAAGCAAAAUCAAGUCCGGCAGCCACAAAAAAAGAGAAAACAUCCAUGAAGCAGCCAAAGCCAAAAACUACAAAAGAAGAGGCCAAAGCUGUGAAGAAAACGAAACAAAAACCUACGAAGGAAGCAGUUCAGCCAAAAGCAACGGAGGCCAAAGCUGUGAAGAAAACGAAACAAAAACCUACGAAGGAAGAGGCCAAAACUGCGAAGCAAGUGAAACGGAAACCUACAAAGGAAGAGGCCAAAACUGUGAAGCAAGUGAAAGAAAAACCUACAAAGGAAGCAGUACAGCCAAAAGCAACAGAGGCCAAAGCUGUGAAGAAAACGAAACAAAAACCUACGAAGGAAGAGGCCAAAACUGUGCAGAAAGUGAAACAAAAACCUCCGAAGGAAGAAGCCAAAACUGUGAAGCAAGUGAAAGAAAAACCUACAAAGGAAGCUGAAAAGCACAAAGUAACAAAACCAGAAAGUAUGAAGCAUGUGAAAGAAAAAUCUACAGAGAAAGGAAAACCAAAAGUAACAAAAGCGGAAACCAUGAAGCAAAAAAAACCAAAGCCUGCAAAAAAAGAGGCAGAUUCCGCGAAGAAAAUUAAACCAAAACCCACAGAGAAAGCAAUAAAGCCAAAAGUAAAAGAGGCAGAGACCAAGAUGAAAAUGAAACCAAAAUCUGCAAAGAAAGAGGCAGAUACUGUGAAGCAAGUGAAACCUCAAACUGCAAAGAAAGAGGCAGUCACCAAGAAGCAAGUAAAACCAACACCCACAGAGAAAGCAUUAAAGUCAAAUGUAACAGGGGCAGAUGUUGUGAAACAAGUGAAACCAAAAGUUGCCAAGAAAGAAGAAGAAACUGUGAAGCAGAUGAAACCAAAACCUGCAACGAAAGCAGAAACUAUGAAGCAUGUGAAACCAAAACUUAAAGAGAAAGCUAAACCACCACUCCACAAAAUAUCAGCUGGUUCAACAAAGCAAACAGCAGCACAGAAACCUUCUCCGGUAAAUGUAGGACCUUCCAAACUUGCUGUCAAAACAGAGACACCUACUGUCCUCAAAGCAGGGCAAAGUUCAGUUGCAAGGAUGAAGUCUCCAGCAAAUCUGCGAUUCUUCCAGUGCGUGUCCCUUGAUUCUCCCAAUGGAUAUGGGCCUAUGUCAAACGUUUUCUCAUCUCUCCAAAGUCCUGCAAUAAGCAAACAAAGCCUCAAGCAGAGUGGAGAUUCUGAAAGGAAAGUCAGAUCUCCAGGACAUUAGAUAAACAGAUAACGAGACUACAUGGGAAACUAUUCUACACAUUUUAUACUGAAACUUUCAGUUCUCCUGCUCUGCUCUGUUUGCAGAGCUGUAUUCGCAGAGAUCACUGAGAAGAACAAAAUACUUCAAUGUUGACUACAGAUAUGUAAAGCAGGAAAGAUAAUCAGUUUGAAUGGACUGUAAUAUUACUUCAGGUUGGAAGACUUAAAUAUUUAACACCUAUCAAUCCUGCGGUGCUACAGCAUUAAAUUGCUCCUUACAGCUAUAUGCAAUACUGACAAGUGCCUGCAUCUCUUACUCCUCUUCAUGGCUUCUUGCAAGCUCCAAGGUGUUAUAGAAACAUAGAAUCACUACAGUGUGGAAGCAGGCCAAUUCGUCCAUCAAGUCCACACCAACCCUCUGAAGAGCAUCCCAACCAGACUCAUCCUCCUGGUCUACACCUGUAAUCCUACAUUUCCAAUGGCUCACCCACCUAACUUGCACACCUUCGGACUGUCAGUUUAAAAUUGCCCUCUGAAUGCUCGUAAAAUGCAACACCCCUGUAGCUAUGAUUUUAUUCAGUUCAAGCUACUUAUCUUUAAUGAUUUGUUAAUUGCCUGAUAUGCAGAAAACUAACAUUUAGAUGGUCUUUCUCCCUCUUCCAUGUCUACUUUAAGCAGGGAAAAAGUGAGUUCCAUCAGAAUUCUUGUUUAUCUGCUCCAAUUGUCCUUGUGCUUUUACUCAAUGAGUUCUGAAUAAUGCUACUAAAGAUACAAUAUUCAAUAGUGUGUAUAAACUGUGAAGGGUUUCCAAUAAUCUCUAUAUAUUAUAACAAAUGCCAAUGGACAACAAAACUGUCCAUCCAAAUUUUCAGUGUGGUAUUAGUAUUGACAUUAUGCUCUGAAGCAUUAGAGUUAAAACAAAAUUUUCCAGAAAGCAGAUUGUUCUUACGGCAUUAAUUGCCCUUCAGCACUCAAAAGCACUGUUGUGAUUAACUACCAGAUGGAAACCUUCACACAGAACACUCAGUAUUUUACUUAUCCUAUCCAAAAGCUUUGAUAUAUUUAUUCUGACAGUGCAUGGUUUUGCUGGAAAUGACUUCACUUUCUGCUCCCUGCUUCUGCAACUGUAUUUCGUACAUUCUAUUAUGCUCUGAAAAAGAAAAUGCAGUUAUUUGUCAGCAUGUGACUUGAAUUAUCCUUUAAAGCAUGCAAUUAUUUAAAACAAGGAGGAAUAUCACAAUCUGGAUUUAGGCAACUGUUGCAGAAGCACACAUAGCAAAUAUGUUUUUGGAGCAUGGAAGGUCAUGAUUUGGUGAUCUGUGUAUUCUUGUGCAUUACUGAAUGCCAACAAGAAUCGUAAAAGAGAUGAAAGUGUUGUAUUUAUUGCAGACAACUGCAUUUGACUUAAAUCUAGAAUAGUCAGAAUUUUGCUUGAUUCUGAUUUCGGUCUAGUUCAGAAAGAUUUAUCAAGAUUCAAGAGGAAUGGUACCAACAAUGCAACAAUAGAUAUAUUUUCAUUUGGAACUAAGUAUUUUAAAUCUUUUUUACACAAUUUAUAAUAGAGAUUUAUAGAUAUUGACAUUGC